GCCGCUCGCCUGGGCCUCGCCGCCCCGCAGCCCCCGCAGCUCCCGGCAGCCCGCGUCGCGCCGGGCGGCGGGGUGUGUCCCUGGGCCGCUCCCGCACGCCGCCAGGGGCAGGCAGAGCCUGCGGCUGCGGGAGGCUGUCUCGCCCGCCGCUUUAAAAGCCGCACCGGGCGCCGGGGCCCUGCGGCCGCGGGGAGAGGACUCGUGAAAAGGUCAAGAGGCAACAGUCAAGGACAGGGAAAGAGAGCAAAAACAACUUUGCAUAGAAGUCCAUUAUAGCUGUGAUCGAGAAACUGUUGCAUCACUUGCCUUCUGAUAGUGUUUUGCAAUACAGCUGCUUUGUACUGCCUGCCAUCUUCUGCUGAAUCCACACGCUGAAGGAGGGCGAGAACCGAAUCCGCGUGGCCACAUUCUUCGAGAAAGGCAGGAGACAGCUUGAACCAUGGCAAGCCAGGACUUGAUGGCAAAAAAAAGAGAAUGUCUCCAGGCCUACAGCUGGUGGAGAACACCACAGAAGAAACGGAAGAAAAAGAACAAAAUAAAACCAGGAAGAAUAGAGUUUGUCCCUAGUAGUACUAAUAUUUCAGCCAGACCGGAUUAUUCCAUAUUUGUUGGGGAGCUUACUCCAGAAGUGGAUGAUUUCCAGCUCUUUGACUAUUUCCUAAAGAGGUAUCCCUCAUGUAUUGACUGCAAAAUAGCGACAGACCUGCUGGGAUAUUCCAGAGGGUAUGCCUUUGUCAGAUUUGGUGAGCAAGGUGAUCAGAUGAGGGCACUGCAAGACUGCCAGAAUGCACCCGGUCUGGGGGGAAAACGAAUACGGCUGAGCAUAGGAAUUUCUAAAAGACUGAAAGCAGAAUUCCAACGGUACCAGUCCUACAAUUACAAUGAUUAUUACCAAGAUUACCAGAACUACUACUCCUCACAGUGGAAUUACGAUCCUUAUGCUGACUACAACUACAGCUCCUAUGCUCCCUAUGAUAGCAUGCAGGCUGUUGGAGAUUGCUCUUUAGGAGAUGCUGUUAUGGCUCCAGCUGUUUUUGAGGAUACUACAGCUAUGACUGAAAUCAGUGAUGAUCUACUAACUGAAGAUCCACAGCUUUACUUUGAUGUUGAUGAAAUGAACAGACAAUUUAUGGAGACAAGUGAAGAACUGUAUGAUGCUCUCAUGAAUUGUCACUGGCAACCUCUGGAUACGGUCACUUCUGACAUCCCCCCUGCUAUUUAAGUGUCUUAUAUAGCAUGACCGUAAUGACCAAGGUGCUAAAAUUACAUUUCUUCUACAUUACUCUAGAUCAUAAGUUUUAAAGCACAAUGAUAGGUUGGGUUUUUUUGCUAUGCUUUUGACAGUUUCUGUACUUUUUUUUUGUUGUUCAUCACUCUACUCUUGGAGCAUCUUGAAAUUGUGUAAAUAUUCUAGAAAUGUAAAGAGUUCAAUGGGGUCUAAAGAUAGACUUGCCUGUGUAAAUAAAAUUUUUUGUUUCUGCAAA